AUGGCUUCAUUUGGCUUCAUUUGGCUUCAUUUGGCUUCAUCUGGCUUCACCUGGCUUCAUCUGGCUUCAUCUGGCUUCAUCUGGCUUCCUCUAGCUUCCUCCUGCUACUCAUGGCUUCCUCAGGCUUCCUUUUCUUCACAUGGCUUCAUCUGGCUUCCUCAGGCUUCAUCUGGCUUCCUCAGGCUUCAUCUGGUUUCACAUGGCUUCACCUGGCUUCCUAUGGCUUCACAUGGCUUCACCUGGCUUCCUAUGGCUUCACAUGGCUUCAUCUGGCUUCCUAUGACUUCACAUGGCUUCAUCUGGUUUCAUCUGGCUUCACCUGGCUUCCUAUGGCUUCACCUGGCUUCCCCGCCUCUGGCGUCACUGGCAUGA